AUGGAGGAAGCGACGUUACGUGCUAAGAUUCAGGCUAUGAAGAACCUUUUAGAGGCAAAACGGAAACGAAGUGAGAGUGGAGAAACUACUGAGGUUUGUAGCUAUAGCUACAAUGGUCCUCAUCGUGGUCAUUAUCAGUCGAAAAAGUAUGCGCAAUCAACGCCAAUAGCUCGCUCAUGGAAUCGCUUGAAACCACCCGUGACUGCUGUUAAUCCGAGUCAAGUAGUACCUGGAAGUGCUAAUAAAGUGUGGAGACGAGAUGAUAUUUUACCUGCUUCUUCAGUGUCAACAGUGCUUCCUUUUGAGCACAAGAGGAGGGAGAGUUUGGUGGAGAUAAAGGAGACGAAGAAAACGUGGAAGAAACCCGUGAAGCUGAUGGCGAAGAAGAGCAAGAGCAUGCAGCUGCAAGUGCUGCGGCUGGAAGACGGCGAGUACUCGAAGGCCAAUGGCGGCUUUAGUCUCGUCCGGGCUGGGAUAAAGCAGCCUUCAGCUGUCAGACUUUGUGAUAAAUCUGCAGCAUCUAUGCCAGUAUCCCGCUCAGACAGCAACUCUGUGCAUAUCGGUGGUGUGGAGUAUGUGGUUGCAAAUGAAGGCAAGGUGCUGAAACGGUGUUCUGCCGAGGAACGCACGACGAGUGCUAUGUACAGAUCAGACUCAAGGGCAUCGUCGACCAAGAGCGGAGCUGCUCACGCCACACUUCUUCCGGCAAAAGUGACUAUGCGCCGUGUACGAAACAAACACCUUCAUCAGGCAAAAAAAUCAGUCAAAGCUCGCACGGUGAAUUGUUCUUUCUACGACCGUUUUGGGUUCUGCAAGAACAAGGAUGCGUGCAGAUUCAUCCACGACAGUCGACGAGUGGCCAUGUGCCGAAAAUUUUUGAAGAACGCGUGUGACGAUCCCGAGUGCUUGCUGUCACAUCAGCAUGACGAGAAUAAAGUUCCAGACUGCAAAAUGUUCCUUCGCGGAGCAUGUACACGAGAAGGCUGCAAAUAUCGUCACGUGAAAGUGAGUGCGACGGCAGAAGUCUGCGAGCCGUUUACAAAGGGCUAUUGUCCAAAGGGAGCGGCGUGCCAGCUUCGACACGAGCUUCCUCUCAUGAACCGUAAGUUAUCUACAACUGCCGCCCUAGGACAGGAGAGUAGCACGAAGCCGACAAGUAGCACGAAGCCGACAAGUAUUACAGGUACGUUGUCACCUCUAUGUUUGACUAUGUCAGAGGUCAUAAAAAAUGGAUCAGCGCCAUUAGAAACUGACCAAGAAGGUUCAGGGGAGGACAAGACGAAGCUAUCAAUUCGUCCAAACAUUCGCUUUGCGUCCAAACACAGCACUGACUUCCCGUCACUUUUCGAUGGCCUUCGUCGCACAGCGAAAUGA